UUUGACGGCAGAGUUGUGGCCAAAUUGCCAUUCAUUCCCAUAUCACUCAUUCAGGGCUUAUCUCACCGUAAUCUGAGUGGUGAGGACUACACCGACUGCUCAUUCAUUUUUCUAUACAUUUUGUGCACAAUGUCUAUAAGACAGAACAUCCAGAAGCUGUUGGGUUUCAGUCCCUCGCGGGCCGCCAGCAAACAGAGCGGCAAUAUAUUCGCACCGAUGGGCGCCCAGAGAUAAUUGUCUUUGAUUUUAGUUACAUAUGAAAUGAAUUUUAAUAUAACACUAAACUAUAGGAACAAAACAAUAAAUUAAUGUCUAUUUUCAGUACAAA